AUGUUCGCCUCUCGACUGGCGAAAGUUCUACUCGGAUUCAGUCCCUUCAUGUCAAUAGCAUCCGGCGCUGCCAUUGACAACGACCUUGUUUUCAAACGCCAGGAUACUUGGCCAGCAUCUAUUGCAGGCGAUGCUCAUGAUCAGACCUGGUCUGAAUUUGCCAACAAGACGCAACGUUGGUCUACCUACUCAGCUCCUACUUUCAACGAAGUUUUUCUCCCCCAGAAUGAGAGAGAGCUAUCUAUGGGGCUGAAAUACCUGUCGAGCAACAACCGUCCCUUCCUUGCCAAAUCAGGCGGCCACGGCUACUCAGCUACUCUGGAGUCUGUGCAAAACGCCACCAUGAUUAAUAUGGGCGGGUUUGAUAGCAUCAAGCUUAAUCGGGACCAAAGUGUGACCUACGGUUCGGGCGUGCUUUACGGCGACCUUGUCCAGUUUCUAUACGACCAUGGACGCACAGUCACUGUAGGGUCAUGUCCUUGCGUCGGAUCGGCUGGUGCUACGCUUGGUGGCGGUCUCGGCCGUUUCGAAGGUCUCUAUGGCCUUACAAGCGAUAAUGUCAGCAAGGUUCGAUACGCACUGUACAACGGCACCAUUGUCGAAGCAUCUCAGAAAGUCAACAAAGAUCUUUUCUGGGGUAUUCGCGGCGCAGGUCAGAACUUCGGUAUCGCUUUCGAGAUAACGCUGCAGACAUAUCCUGCCACCAACAACGGCCAGCAUUACAACGGAGAUUUCUACUUCGCACGUAAAGAUAUGAAGAGAAUGUUUGAUGCUGUUAACGACCUUGCAGCGCCGGGAGGUAACCCUGAUGCAUUCGAUCCCCGUCUCAACAUGAUUCCGUUCGUGUCAUACAACACAACAACACAACAAAUUGAUGUUAUUCUCAACGUCCAGUAUGCAGGGCCUACUAAAGACGCUCAAAAGCAUACCAAUCGUUUCAAGUCCUACGCCACUCGCUUUGUGGAGGUCGAAACCUCCUGGCCAGGCACGUUCAACGCUGCUGUCGGUGGACUUAUCAAUUUCUCCUGCACGAAAGGUGUAAAUUACGAUAUGCGUGGCGUCAUCACCAAGAAGAUCGACACCCAAAUCGUCAACGACUUCGCAGACGACCUCGUAAAAAUGAUUCACGCCAACCCCUCCGCCAGCUCCAGCAUGUUGAUGAUCGAGACCUUCCCAAACCAGGCAAUGAACAAACUUCCUAACGAUUUCUCUGCAUUUCCUCAUCGUGGAAAGUUCAACAAUAUGAUCGAGCUUGUAAUGCUGUACACGGACGACAAAGACGCUGCCAAUGUCGAGGCUUUCAGCGUGAAGUGGCGCAACAGAUGGGCUGAGAAGAAGUACUCAGGUUACGACAGGUUGUAUGAGUACCAGAACUACGGUCACGGAGAUGAGCCUCUGAGUGCUCUGUACGGCUAUGAAGAGUGGCGACACGUGAAGUUGACAGAUUUGAAGAACAAGUACGAUCCCAAAGGCUUCUUUGACGGAUACCACGCUAUUCCCAAGACGCUGGCCGGCUGGACGUAG